AUGAGUGACGCUCUUAAAGGGCGAAGUGAGAGUGGAGGGAGAGAUGGCGGGUCGGUUCGGAGGGCGAGGGAGAGAAUGGAGGUUGGGGAUAGAGGAAUCCGGCCUACCGAAGACCUUGAGAAAAACCGAUAUCCACAAAAGCCACCCCAAGGUUUUAGUCAUCCCCGACGUCCACCACCUGUUCCUGUUGCAUUCAAAUCCCUCGAUAAUACGUCGAAGGGUGCUGUAAUUUCGAAACCUUCGCCAGCUCCGCAAUGGCCCUUGCUCGACGACAGAACUGGAUCGCGAAAGGGAAAUAGCACUUCGGCCGACUCUGUGGACUCUUCUCAACGCCAAGCUCCUCAACGGCCUGCUCGACCUGACAAUGUCCCAUCAUUGUUAGAUGCGUCUAAAAUCCAUGAAUAUACGCCCAGCAUGCCAUAUCAAAAGCGUCCAACCCCGUCAUCCCUUCAGAAAACGCAAAACGGUAUAUCAAUGGCCCAAACCCGAGACGAGAGGUUGACAUCUCCUGAUAGUGUGUUUGGAUUAACUAACUCUGGACCUCCGGGUUCUAUGACAGGUUUUCCUUCCCCAGGUAGCCAAAUCACCCAAUCGUUUCCCACUGCCACUGGACCGCCCGGUCGAAGGAAUCUCAAUCUUCGUCCUCCCCCUUCAACGCGACGGACUCCAUCCUCACAUUACUCGAGCACAACCUUCGUCUCGCCAAUCCCGGAGGAAUUUCCUGAAAGCCUGCCGCGAAAGGGUGGGUCAUACGCUUCAAGCAAAGUUAUUCCAUCCAGUUGGGGAUCUGCACCUCCUGGUGCUGACGCGCAGAAGUCGUCAGAUGAGGAAUCCCUACACGAUGUAGAUGACAAGCCAACUGUUUCCCUUGUCAGACAAGCCAGUCUGGGGAAGAGAGGAAAGGCCUCGCUAUUAACGAUAAAUAAGCCUCAAACCGACCAAUCCGCUAAUGGCAAUCAGGAUUCUAAAGCAAGGAGUGAUAAAGUAGUCGAUGGAAAGCAAGGGACUAGUCCUAUCGGCAUGGCUGUAUCAGUGGAUGCAAAUGUGGUGAAAGAUCCUACUGCUAUAUUAUUAAAUCAGCCCGCACCACAUUAUUCAGGUAAUCAUUCAGCCUCUGAAACAUCAGACGAUGAUGAGUGUGAAAAACCUCCAAUUCCUAUCAUGUACUUUGAAAGUAAAGCUCCAAAGCCGCUUUUGAGGAAGACUGAAAAUGAUAGCUUUACUGCUUUGCCUGGGUCGGAUCAAAGAAAGCGACCCCCUCAACUCGAUAUUGCUGCCGUCCGUAGAGCUGAAGCCAGGGGAAGUUUAACAAGCUUGCCUGAGCUAAUUCGUCGUGCUACCAGGCUUGCAUCGAACCUAGACCGUGGGAAGACGGCGAGCAGGCUUGGGAUGUUGGAUAUUCUGAAUGCGAGCAAUGAUAGUGGAAGCCGGAAUUCUGGUACCAUAUCUGACAUUCUAGCUUCAUUCCCACCGCCUGCCAUUGCAACUCCAACUGGCGGGGAGCGGUGGCCAGGCCCCUUCACCGACACCGAACCUAGACUGCGCGCAGAUGCAGAGAAGGGCCCAGAAAAAAGAAAGCUCCGGUUCUGUGGCAUUCCGCUCUGGGCAUUCAUCCUAAUCUGUAUUGUCGCGCUCGCUGUUGUUGCCGUCGCCGUCACGAUUCCUGUUUUGCUUACCGUUGUUAACCGUCCAGAUCCACCGCAACAAUCGACAAUGCCUGCAUCCGGAAGUUGCCAGGCGACGAACCCAUGCAUGAACGGUGGUAUCAGCGUCGGGGAUCUGGGCUCCUGCGGAUGUGUCUGCGUUAACGGGUUCGGAGGGGAUAGAUGUGAUGUUACCGGCGAUGGCAGCUGUACGACGAUCAACGUUUCCAAUGGGUCUGCAGGCUUCCAAAAUGCAACACUAGGCAACACCAUUCCACGGCUAUUCGAGGAUUCGCAAAGAAAUUUCAGUAUCCCACUCAACGCGUCAAAAAUCCUCAGUCUUUUCAGCAGCGGAAGUGUGUCUUGUACCAGCCAGAACGCACUUGUGACCUUCAAUGGCACGAAUCGGAAACGAACAGUUCCGCUAGCCGACGGCGCUUUUGGCAACAUCGGCACGAGAAGUUCUCCGUUGCCCACCGCAUACCACGAAUCCAUCCAUGGCCGCGGGAGCCAACAAGACCGUCUUCUCGGGAGACAAAUAGCGAGUUCGCCGGACACUCCUACUCCCACCUCUGGAUCCCUGACUGCACCAUCUGCCGCCCCAACCAGCUCCUCUCCAUCCCCACCUCGCCUUUCUCCAAAAUUGCUAGAUUUCUCCCGAAUCGCCGUGCUCUUUAUAUUUGAGCGGACAGGAUACGUGGAAGAUGCCUUCCAGGCCCAUGAUUCGAUCCAAUCUUUCUUCCGGGACCCGGCAGGAGAAUCCGGUGCACAGAUGGAUUCGAAAGGGGUUAACUGCACGGAACAUGACUUCGUGCUUGACUUUGUUAAGUUUUCGAUCACGGUGGUUAAUGGCACGACUGUGGGCGGGACAUAG